AUGUAUCCCGCUACCUCACUACUCGAACCGUUAGAACAAACGGACUGGCGCCCGAUUGGUCCAACGAUUCGAGUACUGAGGUACACCGUGACUGCUCAACUCUACUCUUUCCAACUACAGAAAUUGGCAGAUGCAAUUUGCCUGGAGCAUGUGAAAGUUUGCAAUGUUGCUCUAUUUCAUGACAAUGCUCUACCUCACGGGGGAAAACUUACCCGCCAGAAAAGUGCCAGCUUCAGCCACUUCCAUCACGACAUUCAUGGACAUCUGCAAACUCGUCCUUUUGUAACUGCUGCCAAGCCAUCUCCUCAUUCACUGGAUGCGUGUGUUUUACCAGGACUCGGAACUCUUCGGGGAACCUUAGAAGGCGCCGGUGUGAAAAACAUGAUGAUUUGA